AAUUUUUUCCUUCCAAAUUACCAAAUUUCCUCUAUCUGGAUUUCCUGUCAAUCUAGCAAAGAAUAAAAAUUGCUGCUUUAGGCAAAGUUCUUAAUUAAAAUCAAACAAAAUGCAAUAUUGGGUACCUAAAAAGUAAUUCCUUUCCGCUUACAUUGAAGCGAUUGCCGAAACCUGGAAUGGAACCUGUACUGAAACUGAACUUGCCUCUGCAUCUAAGGAAAAUCUCAAAGCAACGUGAAGCAGCCAUCAUUGAGAAAAUGAAAUAUCUGACGCAUAGAGAGCUUUGGGUAUUUCCAGUUUUGGUGUCUGCCUCUGCCAAGUCCUCGGCUGCCGGUGAAGGGAUUUUUGAGGUUUAGUGAUUUAGGGUUUUAUUAUAUGAAACAUUUGCUUCCUGUCUUCACCAAAAUAAAAAACACCAUUUGCU